AUGAGCAGCAUUGAUGAUUAUGUGAGUUGGCUAUUGGAUGAUCAUAAUGAUAAUGGUUUGAUGGAAGAUUAUAUCCAAUUUUUUUAUAGUGACUUGGCCCCUCUCCCUCUUGAAUCACAAGAGCAGCAGAUGCCUUUGUUGCAGCCAGCUCAGAUGGAUACUAAUAAUUCUGAUCAUCUUAGUUGGCUGUUGGGUGGUGGUGAUAUUGGUUUGAUGGAAGACAUUAUCCAAUUUUGUGAUGGUGACUUGGCCUCUCCUCAAGAUCCACAGCAGCAGCAGCAACCUUCUUCAUUGCAGCUACCUCAGACUACCUAG